AUGUCUCACUCUCCCAAGUGUCCACGUCUCAGGUUUCAGCAAGACUUUCAGGCCCUGAUAGAGGCAGAGGAUUUGCUGGGUGCACAGGUUCCCACAGCUGAGGAGGAGGAGGAGGCGGAGGUGCCUGCUGCUGGGAUGUGCAGUAUUCCCCAGAGGCCUCAGAGCUCCUGCCCCUCCUCCACUUCAUGGAGCACAUCAGGUGAAGACUCCAGCAGCCAAGGACAGGGAGAUACAAGUGCCUGGCAGGUCGUGCCAGACCCUGAAUUCUCACUGAGAAAUGAGAUAGACAAGAAGGUGGGUGAGGUGGUGAAGUUUCUGCUCCUCAAAUAUCGAGCAAAGGCGCCCAUGACAAAAGCAGAAAUGCUAAAUAUUGUCUUUAACAUGUACCAGGACCACUCUCCUGAGCUCUUCAGGAAAGCCCGGGAUUUCAUAGAGCUUGUUUUUGGCAUUGCCAUGACGGAAGUGGACCCCAGCAACCACUCCUAUGUCUCUGCCAACACACUAAAGCUCACGUAUGACGGAGUGCUGAUUAAUGACCAGGGCAUGCCCAAGACCAGCCUCCUGAUACUUAUCCUGAGCGUGAUCUUCAGUAAGGGCAAGUGCGCCCCUGAGGAGGACAUCUGGGAAGUGCUGAGUAGUAUCGGGGUGUAUGCUGGGAGGGAGCACUUCAUCUAUGGGGAGCCCAGGAAGCUCAUCACCACAGAUUUUGUUCGAGAAGAAUUUCUGGAGUACCGGCAGGUGCCCAACAGUGAUCCUGCACGCUACGAGUUCCUGUGGGGUCCAAAGGCCCACACUGAAAUCACCAAGAGGAAAGUGCUAGAGUUCUUGGCCAAGCUAAAUAGUGUCGUCCCUAGUUCCUUUCCAACCUGGUACAGAGAUGUUUUGACAGAUGUGGAAGAGAGAGCCCAUGCCAUCAUUGAUGCUGCAAAUGAUGCUUCUGCCAUGGCCAGUGCAAGCUCCAGUGUCAAGUCCAGCAGCUUCUCCUGCCCUGAGUGA